AUAAGUGCACCACAGGCAUAAAAACUAAAAUUCCUUGUUCAGUUAAUGCUAAUAAAAAUAUAAUGUAAAGGAUGGACAGUUUUCGAGAAGCGUGAUAUUUUAUUUGUGUUUAUGCGAUAUUUUUAAAUGAAAAUGGUUACGAUGAAUUCAUCGGAGAAGGUGGCACAGAAGGCGUGUCAGCAGGGAACGUCCAGAGACAGUUCGAAAUGCUCGAAAGAAGAGAAGGAGAAAGAGAAAGAGAAGGAGAAGAAGGAGAACGUGAUAUCGAACCUUCCGCCUAACGUUCAGGCGCUGAUAGCAACCAUACCCUCGCCAGAAGACUCGCCUAACUACCUCAUAUAUAAGAAGAUGGAAGCCUUGAUAGAAAAAAUGCAAGACGAGGUGACCGGAGUGCAGGUCAGAACUGUGAAGAGUUUCAUGAGCAAGAUACCGUCAGUGUUCACAGGGUCGGAGCUGGUGUCGUGGCUGUCGCGGCACCUGCAGCUGGAGGAGUCAUGGGAGGCACUCCACCUGGCACACCUGCUCGCGGCCCACGGAUACCUCUUCCCCAUCGAUGACCACUGUCUCACUGUCAAGAAUGACAACACUUAUUAUAGGUUCCAAACGCCAUAUUUUUGGCCAUCCAACCAAUGGGAGCCGGAAAAUACUGACUACGGUGAGUAUUAUCUGUUAUUUAAAAUAUUUAUUUAUUCAUUCAAUAUUAACUAUACAGGUAUAGCUUAGUGGCAAUUA